CUUGUUACUACUGCCCUUCUCAAGCAGAUGUCGCCCACUCUGGAUCUGGAUUGACUACCACUCAGAGUCAGCCCCGUUGUUGCAGCUGUCUCGAGCUAGCUCCAAUUUCCCAGCCCGUCAGCGAGGGGCGGAGCUUUCGCCAGCAUGACGCUUGUCUCAAGCGCCCUCGUCAAUUUCGGUCGCCUCGCCAGCCUGCUGCAAGUACUUUUCUACCUCCCAUUAUCGCUCGACUUAGCUGGCACCGAGGCUUUCCUAGCACUUUCAGCCUCGCUGGCCUCAUACUACUUUAUCUUGUCGACGAUACGGCUGAUGACCAAGAACACAAGGCUGGCAUGGAUCGGCAACUUUCUCGCCAUCUUUCAAUUCGUCGUCAUUCCCGCAUGCUUGCUUGUGUGUUUCAACGUCUAUAGCCCUCCAAGCGAAAGCUACUUUGCACACCUUGCCAAGCGACCGAGCGCAUUAGCAUCAGCUGGCUCCAGCGCGACAAGCGCUGCGGGCCGUUCAAGUCUCUUUGGACUGCGCGCUGGGACCUCAAAAGACACAACGGUUGAAACAAGAAGUGACACACCACACGAUGCAGGCUUGGCCGGGAUAGUCGGAGCUGAAUUCGACACAUUGCUGCAAGCUGUCUUUAACUGGUUCAUCUGGUCAUUUUUCUUUCUUGCAAGAAAUGUGCCAGGAUGGUGGUCAACGUUUUUGCGCUUUUCUAGCCCGCUGUUCUCACUGCUAGAAGGUGUGGCCUCAGUCUUGGUCAUUCAAGCGGUUGGCAGCAUGUCUCGAUGGGUUAUCGCAACCUCCCUUUCACGGCCGCCGUCUCCUCGCAAGCGCCUCCUUUCGUAUCUUCCAUCCUUUGGUCUGGGUGGGGCAGAGGGUUGGCAGCUUCUGUUCCUUUUGCUCUCCGCUUUCACCUACGUCUCCUCCGCAGUGGCGCUUUACCUCUCUUUCGAAGGCGCCACACGAGACAGGCCAGGCGCAGCUGCUGCGGUGGGAGUCAGCGUCAGUUCUACGUUCUGGCUGACCGCAAUCGCAUUCGCCGUUCGCAAGGGCAAUGUCGUGGAGACUAGCCUGAUGCUGGCCUACGUGGUGUUCAAUGUGACGCAACUAUCUGACUCGCUCGCGUUUACCGCCGACCCACUAGCGCUGAUUCGGUCAUUCAAAGUGAACACCGAAUCAGGGUCGCCUUUACCGCUGCUACCAUCCGUAGUAGGCUCCACCAAGACGCUCGUCCAGGUAGGCGGGCGAAUAGCUGGGCAUUCGAUCGACUUCAUCUCUGCAGCGCUCGCUGCACUGCCAAAGAGCGUCAUCGUCAGUUUGCUAUAUCGCUUGAUGGUGCUUUACGCUGCUUCUCGGAUCUUGCCCCUGCUGAAGGCGGGCGGGCCGCCGCGCUGGCUUAAACCGGAUAAGUCGGAUGCAGACGACUAUGACGAUUACUCAGAAGACGAAUACGAUUCUGAUGAGGACAUUCGCGAAGAGGAAAAGCCGCGAAGAAAGGCAGAACAGAAGAGCUUGAGCGAAGAAGAGCCGUUUGGCGCUUUCAUAUCCAUCAUCGUUUCAUACUCAAGGCUGAUCAUGAUCGCGGUCUACUCACAUUUGCUCUUGCUUGAUCAGAGUCACCAGAUCUACUGGCGGUUCCUCACUGUAGGGAUCACCCUCACGCUAUGGGCAUUCGAGCUCCUAAUCGGCAAAGAGGAUGCCGACGCAUUCACGCGCGAGUGGAAAAUCAGCUGAUGCUGCUGUAUGCACUCAUGAUGAAUGUCACUGUACAGAUGCGCCUCUAUCCUGAUCACGCAUUCCCUCACCGUCCGCCCUC